GUGUGUGUCAGUGAGUGAGAUAACACGAGUUUAGGCAACAACAUGUCCAGCCAACAUCCACCAAUAAGACUCAACCAAUAUGAAGUGUGCUGGUGAUGUAUGCGGGUUGCGACGUGCAGGGACCAAUCACAAACCAGGCCAAGUUCACCAGUCACUGCUUGGGAAACGGCUGGUCAGCUUAAUAAAGAUACGAGCGGCCACUCCAAUCCUCAGAACGACCACUGCUGAACGACCAUCUUCAGCCAGCAACACACUGAAAAAGAAGAUUGUCAGCAAGAGAUUGCAAGUUUUGAAGCCGAUUCCAAUAAACCAUCGCGACGUCUGCUUUGAGAUUUCGUCUUAGACCCAAACGUAAAGCAGACUCUUCAAGAUGCAAAUGCGUUUUGCAACAAUCCUUUGCCUUGCCAUCCUUCUGUGUCACUCUGGCAAACUCUGCGCUCAAACUGGCGAGCCUGUUCCCACUGAAGCUGACUGUACUGAGUCUCAGGCGUGUCGAGCGUGCUGCCAGGGACCCCCUGCUGGGGUGCCCGGCAUGCCAGGCUUGCCGGGCAGCCCAGGUGCUUGUGGACCCAGAGGGCCCAGAGGAGACGCAGGUCCAAUAGGACCGCCUGGUUUGGGUGGUCUACACGGGGGAGAUGGUGCUAAAGGUCAAAAGGGUGAGCCAGGGGAGUCUCCAGAUGUUUCCACCCACCGGGUUGCAUUUACGGUGAGAAGGACGACCUCCUCGGAUGUCUCUUCGAGCGACAACACUCCUUUGGCCUUCCAGGAGGCCGAGACGCUUCUGCCGGGCACCAUCUUUGAUUUAGCGACUGGUACAUUCACUUGUGAUGUGCCGGGCACCUACAUGUUUAUGUUUUAUGUCCUCAGAUAUUCUGCCAGUGCCCACACAGACGUUCAUCUUAGGAAGAACAGCGAAUGGAUCGUCUCAAGCUUUACGCCCACUGAUGGCCAAGCGUCUGGCGGUGCAUUGUUGGGUCUACAGAGAGGAGACACAGUGUAUCUAACUGUGAGAGGUGGGGCCUGGAGCGAGUCAGUCCAACAUUACACCUCUUUCAGUGGUUUUCUCCUUUUCGCCAACUAAACCAACCGACAAUGGAUAUUUGACCGUGAACCGAUCCUGUUUGCUAAUUGCUUCUUUUCUUAAUACUGGCCCAACACCGAAGAUGCGAAGUACGUGUUCUUGUAGCGCUUCGAAAUUAUACACUGACGAAUCUUUUGCCUUGUUUCCAAAGUUGCAUAGACUAAUCCGAAGAGCCACCCAUAAUUAGGUGGCACCAAGUCCACGCAUGUGUUCUUAAAAAUUGACGCACAUGUGCAUUUUGGCAAGACACGUUGACCCUAUUCGUCACCCAAAUGUGAUGAAUACUAUAUCGCUGCCAUGCCAGGCAUUUCGGUCAUUUCUCCAUACCGAGAAAUGCCAAGACGAAAAUCCGGAAAUUAGAAUGUUUAUUAGAAUUUCUCGAUGAGAUGUGGCAUAUGACAAAAAUUUCUUUUUUGCUAGACUUUUGCAUUGUUAGUUUUUGCAGUAUUUAAUCAAUUACCAGUUUAUAGUGUUACAUAAAGUAUUUACCAAGUUUAUUCUUUUAAUUAUUAAAUAUAGACCAUUUUCGAUGAAGUUUUAAAACAGUCAGAACUUUGAAAUGCUGGCAGAUGUAUUUCAGCUUCGAAAUGUUUUGUGCUGCGAAUAACUGGGCUUUAUUAUAACACUCUUAAAGUAUCAACUUUCGAUUUGAAAGUGUGAUGGGCCCUUUAAACAGAUAUAAAGGUGACAUCCUUUAUCAUCUAAUCACACAAAGUAAAGAUACGUCAAAAAUCCACAUUAUUUUGUUUUUUACGAUUUUGUUCAUUUUACCUUAUGUUUUGUGGCGUACCCCUCUAGCCUUAUCGGUGGUGUGUGGGACAAGCAGUAUUAAAGCUUCGUUAUACGGCAGUUAAGGUGCUUUGCGUGUGCUUCGCAAUAUGACGUAGACAUUACGCCUUAUUUACCAGUCGGCUAUCUUGCAAGGAAGGAGAAGCAAUAUCUGUCAACAUUUUUUUCCAAAAACGUAACAUGUUGGGACGAAGAUGAGAUUACCAUCCUUGUGAUCCGAUUGAUGGUUCAAAAUCAUGGAAAUAAGGACAUGUAUUUUUGGUCCAAAUGAAAACAAUAUUUUCAAAGUUAGGCUGUACUUGUAACCAUAUGGCAAAAUAGUCAGGAUUUGUUUCCGUUAUAAGUGUUCAGUAAAUAAAUGGUUGUAUGGAGCACACUAUGAUAUGAAUAUUAAAAGCUUAUUUCGAAUCGAGAAGUCAAGGGGCAUGUUUUUUGCCAUCGUGACCAAACGCACAUUUCUGCUUUGGUCAUUGCUUGCCACGUUUUUGUAACUUCAGUUACGACUAUGUGACGUCACUGUUCUACCAAACGAGAACCAAAGUUUGGGAGUUAGUUCAUCGCUGGUUCAGUAUGGUGAAAAAUAAGGAGACAGUUUUUGUUGUCUCCCAAAUAAAUGAAUUAUUUAUCCCUUAAUUUGUUUUGCGAACCGAAAUUGGUGUUGUUUUCUACAACGUGAACAGUAGCAAUGAAAAACCUGAAAAAUGACGUUCAUCGAUAAGGUCGUCUGCUCCAUUGUGCCUUGUCUCUGUCGGGUGAAGUAAUCAUUUCUGGAUCUUCGUUUUUGCAGGAUAAACGCGUUUCUUAAUGGAUGGAUUAAUGGGUAAGGUUCGCCGAAACACGCCCCAGACUCGUUGGUUACAUUGUGCAUGCUUAAGUGACGAUGACUGUCAUGAGUGUAUAAUAGAGUCCACAAAAUACAGUCAAACUUUCAUGUCAAAUCGGGAAAGUGUGUUAACUAACUGGUAUUUUUGUCAUCUAAUAAAAAUCUUCCACAUGAUGGACGUCGACCAAUAUGACUGGGUGAACCGUCUUAGGUACUUAUGAAUAAUUAAUGUAAUGGUCUCGUAGUUGAAUCAUUAUUAAUCAUUUUUGCUCAUUAUGCUAAAAAGAAUCGGUUUCAAAAAGCCAAGAUUUGUUUACAGUAUCAUGAAAUUAUACUCUUUUAUCUGCGAAUGGAAAACGAUACAUCUCAUACUGUGACAGAGCAAUCUAGUUUAAUAGAAUAAACCAUUUAUAUUUUGAAGCGCAAACGAUAUGUGUCCAGGCAUAUUUUAUAUUAUUAAUGGUGUGAAACCUACAGAAGGACGGUUCCAGCAUUUCCAAGGGGAUUGGUAUGACAUCAAACGGAGGAAUCAAAUGGAACCGAACUCGAAUACAUGAAGGGACAGAUAAAUUUUUGGUGAAAUUUUCUUAUGGUGAAGGUAUUUCAAAAAACAAAUAGCCAGUUCACAGCUAAAGGGGAAACAAUGGAAAUGGUAUUUCGCUUCAAAAAUCUGAUAGCCCGGUAGUGUGCAAUACAUGACAUAGAUGAUACUAAAGUGUCGAGAAUGAAGUCUUACGCGGCAUUUCGCUUUUAGUUAUACCGUGUAAAAUAGUGAGCAUGAUUAAUAAUCCGAUAACAUUAAUCCGUUUUACUCCUCGAAACUGUUCUGUUUGUUUUGUUUUUGUUCUUGUUUGUGUGUUUAGCAGCUGAAAAGAAAAACACUUUAUAAACGGUGGAGGAUACUUUUACUGAUCAGAUGUGUGGACCGUCGUUUUUUGGAAAAACAUCAUUUUUUCCACCGACCCAAGACCUAGACAUGUAAUUGUCUGGCAACCCCAUGUUGCUUGUCGUGAUUGAAAUUUUAACACUUGUGUUAAACCGUUUGACCCGUUGUCAUGCAUGGAUCAGGACAACCUUUUAUGAAAAUAAAUCAAUCAGAUAGCAUAUACAUUUGAUUUAUGAAAUAAAGUCAACUUGCAGCCAGCCAUUCAAAAAUAUAUAUUGAUUGGUGCACUGAACUAAAUCAAGCUCCAUU